AUGAGCAUUCAGAAGAUUGAGGGACGCAUGAUCAUUGACUCGCGUGGUAACCCCACGGUCGAAGUCGACCUUGUGACGGACAAGGGUCUGUUCCGUGCAUCUGUGCCGUCAGGUGCCUCGACGGGUAUCCACGAGGCUGUCGAGCUGCGAGACAAGGACUCAAAGAGCUGGGUCGGCAAGGGUGUGAACCAGGCUGUGAAGAAUGUGAACGAUGUGAUUGCCCCUGAGCUGAUCAAGUCGGGCAUCUCAGUGACGUCGCAGAAAGAAGUGGACGACUUCCUCAUCAAGCUGGACGGCACUCCCAACAAGGGCAAGCUCGGUGCGAAUGCCAUCCUAGGUGUGUCGAUCGCCGUUGCCAAGGCUGGCGCUGGUGAGAAGGGCAUGCCCCUGUACAAGUACCUUUCGAGCCUGGCGAACACGGGCUCGCCACACAUCNUGCCAGCCCCUGCUAUGAACGUCAUCAACGGUGGGCUCGCACGCAGGUAA